UGACAAAUAAUAAUAAUUAAAAUUAUAACAGUUUUAUGCUUCAUGGAUACAAUAAAAAUAUUGGAUCAAUUUAAAUGAUCAAAAACUUUGGAAAAUGGUUUCAAGUACUUUUAUUGUUUUAUGUAGUUAUUUUAUAGUAUCUUUUUUAUCUCUUGGAGCUAUAUUAUCUGCUGGAUUAGGAAACACAUGGUGGGUUUCAAAAACAUCAUUUGAAACUUAUGGUUUGUGGAAGGACUGUUUUUAUAAUAUUACACAGAAAUGCAUUGUUAGAAGUGAUAUUCUUAAGUUUCGUGUAAACCCAGGUACUGAUCCAAUCAUAGUAUGUUUACUCCUGUCAUUUAUUUUUAUGCUGUUCUCAACAACUAUGUCAUUAAUAAUAACAUUUUGCUGUGAAAAAAAGUAUAGUCUUCAGAAAUCUGCAAUGCAAGUAAAUGCAAUAUUGUUACUUAUUUCAGUUAUUUGUUCUGUUGAUGGAAUGGUUUAUAGUGAAUAUCAACUAAGACAUCUAUUGAUAGUUAAUGAUAGAGGAUGGUCAUUUUUUGCAGCCUGGGCUGGUACUAUACUUCAAGUUUCAGCGUUUUUGUUAAUGUUGUUCAAACUUUGUUUUCAUCUACGAAUGAAUGUUAGGGUGUCAAAUAGGGGGACGAUUUUUUAAAUUAAUUUCAAGUUUUUGUAAAAUGUUCAAAUGACUAGUGUUUUUGUGUUUUCAUAAGACAAAUUUUCGGGCUUUUAAUAAAACACUUUAGCGGUAGCUGAUGGGUAGUUGAAUAGUAAUGAAAAUACCUUACUUAGCUGAAUAGUACUGAAAAUGUUUCACCUGGCUGAAUAGUACUGAAAAUGACUCACUAAGCUGAAUAGUACUGAAAAUGAAGUACUUGAAUAGCUUUAAGAUAUACAUUAAACAAAAUGCCAACAAUCUAUUUUUUUGAAAAUAUUUUUGUAAUAUUGAGAAUUUUUACUGGUAUUAAAGAUAGUACUAAUAAAAUAAUAUCAAAAAUACAAUUUAAAAUAAAAUCAAAACUACUUCUACUUCUAUUAAGGUACUGAUUUGGCUUGGUGCAUAUUUAUUUGGUCCUGAUUUUAUAUUUAUUCAGUAGCUUAUCACUAACAUUUUACAUCAUUUGACUUACCUCACAUUAAUGUGAGUUGAGUAAAAUGAUGUAAAAUGUUAAUCACAUUGAUUUUGAAAUAUUUUUAAAAUUUUUUACAGUAACUGCUGUACUCCGUAUAAAAACGGUAUUUUUUUUUCACUUUUUAAUAGUAUUUAUAGACAUGUAAAUAUUUUUGAUAAUAAUUUUAAAAGCUAUUAUUAUUAUUUUUGUAAAUUAUGAUUGUAAAAAUGUAUCUAUAAGGUUUUUGAAAAUAUUUUUAUAAUAUUGAAAAUUUUUUAAUGGUUUAUUUUAAUUGAUGUAAACCAAUCACCGAACAAUAAAAAUCAAGUAACUAUUUUUUUAUUUAAAACAUGUGCACUUUAUACAACGCAAA